GGAGCUCUAUCGGAAGUAACAGUUAAGUGUUCGUCCAAAUAAGUGAUAUUUCCUCGUGGUCUAACUCUGUCUUUCUACGUUUUCUGCUUCGAUAAUAAUUUCAGAGAUGGUUUACUGGAUAAUCGUCGUUACUGGGCGGUGAAACGCUGAAGAAAUUGAUCUAUACGAGCGAUCCGAGGCAAAUUUUCAUGCUGUUGUUAGAGGGUUGUGUCUGCAGCGGGUUCUGAACUGAUCGAGAACCCCGGAAAGCGGUUCAAAAAGCCUUUUCUGGAUAAAGGGGACAGCUUGCGAUAAUGUCUGUUCGUAGUGGUCCAGCGCAGGUGAAGUUGGCCAUCGAAAGAAAAGGACAACUUCCCUUGCUUACAACUUUUGAUCAGAGUCGACCAUUAGACGAAAUUAUAAGGGAAAUCUGCACAAAUUGGUCCAUAAAAACCCCAGAGGAGUAUGCUUUUCAGUAUUCUGACUAUAACUGUUACAUAACUGAGGAGAACCGCAAUGGAAUAAAGAAUGGUGCUGUACUGAAACUCACACUCUCACCGGCUAAGCUUGCACAAGAUGUUGUUGAGCGUCUGGAGUCAACUGUUCACGAGGAAAGAAGAAAUGCUUUAGCAACACUAUCCAGUAUCUCAGAGGAUCCAACCUUUGCCAGUGAGUUUAUAAAACGAAAUGGUCUGGGGCUCCUUAUCAACAUGGUGGAGGGAAAACCAGAGAGUGAUGAGUCCUUGGCUCACUGCCUGACCUCUUUUCAAGAGCUGAUGGAUCAUGGUGAAGUUUCAUGGGAUUUCCUUACGAAAGGAUUCAUUAAAAAUUUGACAGUCUUUGUAAACAAGAAGAAUCCACCUGUAGACCCUACUGUGCUCAAAAGAUGUCUAUCUAUCUUAGAAGCAGUGUGUACAAACAGCCCAACAUUUUAUCCACUUGUAGAAAAAGAAGUGGUAUUUGAGCAUCUUAUUCUUCAUCUGCAAAACUCAAAUCAAGAUAUUCAGCUGAAUGCUAUAGCACUCCUAAACAGCUUGUUCAUGCGUACAACAAAUAAAAGACAAUUUGUAGAUACACUAUCAAAGAAAGGAGUAAGAACAUAUAUUAUGAACGAUAUUAUUCGCGGCGGAAAGACCAUGAGAAGUGAAAUGGAACAUCAGCUGUACGUGUACCAGUCCCUCAUAUUCCGAUCUCUUUUGGUAGACAUGUCUCUUAUAAAAGGAAAUGCCCAGAACCAGAGUCUUUUCGAAAGUCUUAACACCUUGCGGCAAGUAGUGUUUGAAUCAGAUAUUGUGGCCGCGAGCUCAGGAAGACCUCUUUCACAAGCGGGAGAACUUUCCAAAGACUUCAAGAGACUUGGGUUUGUGGACAUUGACACACCAGCAAAUGACUUCAGCGAAGCACCCCCUGGCCUUCUUCCUCUUCAUACAAUGGUUUACUUUGCACGGAAACACGAGGAACAAUAUGUCAAGGUCAUUUUAGAAAACCAUGCUCGAGGUGACGACUAUGAGUGCCCGUUUGCUCGCACCAGUAUUGCUCUUACCAAAAUGUUGUGUGAUGUACUGGAAAUCAAUGCAGAACCACCGUCAGAUUCCGGUAAGGAGUACUACCCGAUAUUUUUCACUAUGGACUUUGCAUUUGAGGAAUUCUUUUGCAUCUGUAUUCAACUUCUGAAUAAGACGUGGAAAGAGAUGAGAGCCACUUCAGGAGAUUUCAACCGUGUUAUGCAAGUGGUUAAGGACCAGAUUUGUAGAGCGCUCAAAGAGAGACAUCUCUCCAUGGAAUUGUUUAGGACAAACGUGUUCAACGUAGGAUAUUCGCAAAUUGUUAAAAUUCUACAAGACGAAAUUCAAGCAAGGAACAUCAUGGAGCUCAAGGCUAAACCUGUCGUAGAACUUAGAGAACAAGUUCUGCCCGAACUAAAAGAAUUAGUCAAACAACAGAGAUUGGAUCAACUCAUCCAGGGAGCCCUGUUUGACAAAAACCCAGGGAGAGGACGAGGACGAGAUAGAUACUGGUAUUGUCGGCUGUCACCCAAUUUAAAAUUUCUGCAUUAUGGCGACUGUCAAGAAGGACAAACGCCUUCGUUGGAGAAUCUUCCAAACAAAUUUUCGAUUGCUAAAGUUAAAAAUCUACUGGUUGGAAAGGAUUGUCCUCAUAGCAAAGAUCGCAAAAUCGGCAAAACGUUUGUCCCAUUUUGUUUUUCUCUAAUGUACGAGUCUGAAGCAGAAGAAAAACAUCUUGAUUUCAUCGCAGCGACCCAAAUAAUCUUCGCCAAUUGGACAGACGGCUUGGCAACGCUUCUUAACAAAGAGAUGCCGUCAAAAGAGUCACAUGAAGAGUUGGAGACCCUCCUAAAUAUGGAAAUGAAAUUGAGACUAUUGGAUUUGGAGAAUAUAACUAUCCCCGAAACUCCGCCUCCCAUACCCGCCGACCCCCCGAAUUUUAACUUUGUUUACGACUUUAGUUAGCUUUGAAGCGAUUUAAGGCGUUCUUCCUAUUCAAGUCCGAAAAUGAAUUUCUGAUCAUUUCAAGUGGAACACUAUACUGUUAGCUCAAUGAGGACGAAAAAAAAAAGGGAACAUUUAAGUGCCACUUCCCGUGUCUUCAGUAACUUCUGCUCCAAAGCUGAUUGGUUUAGUAUGCUUAAAACUAUAUGCCUGUCGGGCCAGUCAGCCGUGGAAACGUUGUAGUAAUGAUUCAUCCAUUCAUAGAGCGUUCUGAAGUAAAGCGACGGGGUGGAAAUAGCGAAAUGAAACACAAAACAAUUCCGAGAAACAAUUUCUGUUUGUUGUUAGUUAGCUGGUGAGCUAUGUGGCUUAUUUAUUCAGCAAGCGCAUAUUUCUCGAAAUCUGCUUUGUUCUGUUUGUUCCACGUUUUGUUGUUUUCUUUGUUCAUCAAACCUCUUCUAUAGGACGUGUCGUUAAAAUCCAAUACGUUAUUCAUUCUAAUCCACUACGGUUAGUUUUUCUAACGAUCUACAUUUUCGGAAUUGAUUAGAGAAACGCCCCCUCUUGACAUUAAGUUUUAGUAAUUAUCAAUGUGUAACGAGAGAAAGAAGUAUAAGUCUGAGAUGUGUUUUAAUACGUAGGUAUUUUGAUAAAUAGUUUGCUUGAUAUAAUUUUCUUUUGGAUCAUGUAUGGGCUAUUUUCACAGGAGAAAAUCGUCGCAAAUGAUUAGUAUAGUAGUCUAGUUUUAAUAGGUAGUUAGCGGGCUUAAUAGAUUUCGAAAAUUAACUUCCUCGAGGAACACAGCCGAUCUGUGAUAAGAGAGAAACUUUACAUCAUUAUUGUCAAUUUUGUGCAACAAUGUUGUCCUUUCAACCUUAAUUAUGUUACAUUUUGUCGAUAAAAUAAUCUAGUUUUUCACAAAAGUUUAAGGACUCUAUUCACACAAGCUGCUUGAAAAAACUUGUUACGAUAAUGUCAUGAGAAAUUCAGACACACGAAAUCCCAUAUAUUGUUAAGUAGAGGAAUUGUGGGAAUUUGAAAACCAACGAACGUGUUUGCAUAACGAAGGAGAGCAAGGAGGAUUUACUCACGGGAAACUGGGUCUGAAUCCGCCAAUCUUUUUCAUCCUUUAUCAUCUUUGUUCCAUUUUAGUUCAUUCUUUCCAUCUUGUCUUUUUGCUCUAACAUCAAAACACUAUUUUAACGUGUCUUUGUUUGGCGUUGAAGGUAAUGAUACUUGUCGUGACAGACGAAGAAACUGUAGGGACCUGUAUUUUAACAGCCCUGGCGAUGUGAAAGUUUUCCUUACAUUUUUUCCUGUAGAAUCCGGAUAAUGUCACGGAGCUCUUAACUUAAACCCGCGAUUGAACCCGAGUUAUUUAAGUUGCGUGGCGAACAUUAGUCGUGUAAACACGGGUUACUGGUUUUGUUCCUUUUUUUGGAACAAAAGAAAACAAAAUUAGAACUAGAUAGAACAACGGAACAUAACAUAAGACUCGUCAAGUUAUUUUUAUGGCAUGUUUAUAAGCUUUUUUUAAUCAUAUCAAUCUCUCAGUGCUGGUAUUUGUUGCAGGGAUUGAAAUGUUUUUGAACAACCGCGUUUUCAAGAGACGAUCAUAAGCAAGAAAUUUUAAUCUUGCUGGUUGUUUUUGCUGUUUUAUAAUUUCUUUGUAACAUAUGAAUCUGAUUCCGAGGACCAAAAAAACCGAGCUAUGGAAAACAAACGAAACCACGCAUAAUUACUCAGCUCGUUUGCGAAUUCCAAGUAUUUCGAGCCCACUAUAUCUAGGUUUAAAUGCUAGAAUUAUCUUACAAGUUCUCUCAGUUCCCUAAAGAAUAUCAUACUCAUGAAAUAAAUUUGUGGCCAUAUUCUACUACAAUACUUUUAUUUUGUUAUAACUGUAAGUAACCAUAUUUUUAAAUAUAUAAAGAAAAUUCUUUAUAGUUAUCUUAACUAUUGUUAAUUUGUAUUAUUCUUAAUAAAACUCAUGAUAGCACUCA